AUGCCACCAAAGCCCACAACUUCAGGCGCAGGCUCUUUUGGAGGAGAUGCCGAUCUCGAAGUCGUGUGCCCACUGGCCAACCAGGAUGGCUCGCAAUGCCGUAAAAGAUGCAUUGGAGAAAAGCGCUACCGCUCCAUGCAGGAGCAUAUUCGACGCGCCCACCCGAACUACUACAUCCCAAAACUGCCAGCAACCGAGGAGAGUUUUCAGUUAAUGAUCAAUACACCUCCUUCAGAGCGACCACAACUACCACCCACGAUAACCACUCCUUCUCGGAAGGGUCCUUGUAUGUUUGUGGCCGAGUCGCGACAGAAUCAGAUGGACUAA